UGAGGCAUCCUGCUCCUGUCCUCCAUGCUUAGGUGAAGGGGGUAUUAGACAGAAGUAAUGCUGGCUGGUCUGAGCGCUCUGUCUGCUGUGUAGUCUGGGGGGAUCGACAUGGGGAGCACCAGCAAGGUGGCCAACUUGUGGAACAGGAGACAGAGUCUCUUCCCCAACUACAAAGUCACUGAUUCGGAUAUUAAUCGAAGACCCUCUGAGAUUGUUUACCCACUAGCCAAGGAAAGCUGCGUGAAGACAUGGAACUCCAUGCAGGAGCUGAGCAGAGACAUCUACGACAUUUACGCUGAGUAUGAAGAUGAAGAAGAUGACAGUACUCCCUACAGCUUCUCCAAGCAGCCCUCACCCUCGAAGAGAAAUUACAUGAUCAAUAUCAAUGUAGGGGGGAAGCCCUAUCAGAUAGCCUACAAGAUGGCUGCCAAAUACCCCAAAACCAGAAUAGGAAGACUGGCCACUUACACUGACCACAACAUGAAGCUGGACCUGUGUGACGACUACACUGUGACCAACAACGAAUACUUCUUUGACAGGGACCCAGAUGUCUUCCACAGCAUCUUCAACUUCUACAGGACUGGUGUGCUGUGGAUCAAGGAUGAAUUGUGUCCUCGCAACUUCCUGGAGGAAAUCAACUACUGGGGCGUGAGGAUCAAGAACACCCACCGCUGUUGCCGCAUCUCCUUUGAGGAGAGGCAGGAUGAGCUGAAUGACCAGCUGAAGAUCCAGAGGGAGCUGGAGGCCGAGGUGGAGAUCGAGGAGAAUGAGGAGCUCUUUCAUGACAUGUUCAUGGGCCACAGGCGCCGAGCUAUCUGGAACCUGAUGGAGAAGCCGUUUUCGUCUGUUAAGGCCAAGUUGAUGGCUGUGGCCUCCAGUCUGUUUGUCCUGAUCUCCCUGGUGGCCAUGACUCUCAACACGGUGGAGGAGAUGCAAUACAGAACUCCCACAGGUCAGCUCAGUGGCAAGACAUACUGGGAAUACGUGGAGUCAAUGUGCAUCGCCUUCUUCACCAUGGAGUACCUGCUCCGUCUGGUGUCCACUCCUGACAUCAAAUCCUUCAGCAGGAGUGUGCUCAACACCGUGGACCUGAUCGCCAUCCUGCCUCAGUAUCUGCAGGCCAUCCUGGAGUUCUUUGACAACGAGGAAAACUACAUGAAGCAUGAGGCUGACAUGCAGGCGGUGGGGCAGGUGGGAAAGCUGGGGCAAGUGUUGAGGAUCAUGAGACUGAUGCGAAUUUUUCGUAUCUUGAAGCUGGCUCGACACUCCACAGGUCUGCGGGCUUUUGGCUUCACUUUGCGUCAGUGCUACCAGCAAGUGGGCUGCCUCUUCCUCUUCAUCGCCAUGGGCAUCUUCAGCUUCUCUGCCAUGGUUUAUACCGUGGAGCAUGACAUGCCGCAAACAAACUUUACCAGCAUCCCUCAUGCGUGGUGGUGGGCAGCUGUCAGCAUCUCCACCGUGGGCUAUGGAGACGUCUACCCAGAGACCAUACUGGGUCGUCUUUUCGCUUUCAUCUGCAUCGCUUUUGGAAUUAUCCUCAACGGCCUGCCCAUAUCCAUCCUCUUCAACAAGUUCUCAGACUAUUACUCUAAACUCAAGUCCAAUCAGUACACAGCCUCCCUGAAUAAGCGAGGGAGGAUCAGAUUUGCCAAGAGGACAGCGAAAAAGCUCAACCACUGCUUUGCACCACACCAUUGUCACGCACACUGAUUUCUUAUGUACUUUUAAAAAAAAGAAAUAUAUGAUUGACUGUAAAACUGUGCAAAAAAUUGUAUGUGAUGGGGACAAACAGGUGUAACAUGAACAAAAGAUGAGGGUUCAUUCUCCAGUAGUGGCACAUCUGGCUGUGUAUUCCAAUAAAUUGGCAGCAUCUGUGGUUGGAAAGCCGGUGCGAGAUCACACACCUUCUCCAAGCUGGUCAGUACUGAAAACAGUUUUGGGGGGGUGGAGGGUAUGUUAAGCAGUAUGACUGACUGACCUCUGAAAAUGUUUACUUUUCUAUUCUAUUCAGAAAAUACUAUUUUUGUUAUUUGAUAGUCAGAGGCAUAAAAAAAGAAAUACUCCAUACGAUUUUCACUUUAGCCUCGUUAUCAUAUCUCUAUAUUAUCAUAUAGAGCAGUUACACAAAACAAGGUCCCUGUUUAGUGAUACUAUUUAAAACUCUUAAACCCUGCCAGACCAAUUGGUUAAAUGCAUCAUUACAAAAUCUAAAAGCUUUACAAAUAUACUGUAUCAAAUAUGUCAGAAAGAAUUUUGGGGAAACAUGUAUAGAAUGAUACACACAUUUACAACAUGUCAAUAUGAUGUGGUGGUGCACCUGCACGAAUGUGGCACCUUGGGUUUGAAUACUUCUCUCAGUACAAGUAUAGUGUGGCUUCAGUGAAGUUUUUUAUGUUUUAAAAGCAGUCCUCCUGGUUCAAAUUCCCACAAUGAAAAUGUGUAAUGUCAGCAUCCUACUAUUUGGGUGAAGAGGUCAGACUUUGCUGAUUUGAUUCGGGCCACAAGAGAAUGAAUGAAAAAGCUUUUGUUAUCACCAUAGCAGCUCUCAAGGCUUAGAACUUUUUGCUAAUCUACAAUGCAACUCCAUACCCCACUGAUUUUGGACGUUGUGCUUUUCAGAGACAGCUUAACUAGGUAUGAAUAUAGAUCUCAGCAGCUAAUAUUAGUUAUCUUCUAAUUGCAACUGUGAUGUUUUAAAAAUGUGUGCAUGCACAGGAGGUCUGCAGGGGCUUGCAAAGUGUACUAAACCUUGAAACACCGGUGCUGCUUUUCAUGCAUUUGCAAUGUUCAGUAGUUUUGCCUACAAAGUAUGCAAAGUAUGGCUUACUUGCAAAGUAUCACACAAUGCUGUCUGAUACUCUGUUGUCAAUAAACACUGUCCUGCUCAUGAAA